AGUGCAUCAACCACACCCGCCACUGAUAACGGAUGUGUCGACGAGGUGCUACUACAGCCCAGUUGGGAAAACUCGCGGUUGGUGAGGUUGCAACCAAAACAUUACCCAUCGGCAACGGUGCCUGAAUCACGAGCUAGCAUCCGGUGGCAUUGGUCCAGUUUCGUGCUAGCACUGGAUGUAUAUACCAGAAUUGCUCCCGGGGGUUAAUCGAAUUACUCAUCUAUUGCUCGAGUACGUAGUGACGGGACGUGAAGCAAAACACCAAUAGUCAGUAAUCUUGGAGAGCACAAAACACGUUCGGUAGAGGUAGCAGAUAGUGUGCCAUGAGUGCGUCAAAGACGAAAAUUCUUCAAAAACUAACCGUCAACACGAGCGAUGUGACAACAUUGGACUUCUACGGCAGCUCCCUGUUGGUGACAGGGUCAAGUGACAAAACGGUUCGCGUCUGGCGCUGGAACCCCGGUCACGGUUUCCAGGAAGCUUCUUACUCGCCGCUGCUCGGUCAUCGCUACGGUGUCACGAGUGUCCGGGUGUCGCCGAAGGGCGGUGUGCUGGCUUCUGCUUCGGUCGAUGGAACGGUUAUUCUGUGGGACCUGAAUAAUGGAGAAAUAUCGCACACCAUUAUGCAGGAGUUUGGAGAAUCCAUUCGGGCCUGCAUAUUUAGCCCCAACGGUGCCUCGAUCGUUAGUUCCGAUGAUAACGGGUCCGUCUGCAUCUGGGGCCAGGAUAGAAGCCUGAAAUGCCACGUGAAGGUACACGAUGAAGCCGUUCACACGAUCGCUUUCUCGAGCGAUUCCAACAUCUUCUUAACCGCGUGCACCUUAGGAAAUGUGCGUCUGUUUGCCGUGGGAAAUGAUUUUGCAAAAGCCCUUUCUUCAGCGGACUGCUCGAUCGAUGCGGCUCACGAUAUGGGUGUACUUUCGGCGGAUUUCUGCAAAAUAGUCCACACCGAUCCCGCCGAUAAGCGUUCGUUGAUCUACACGCUAGCCACUUGUGGUACGGAUCAUUUCGUCAAGAUCUGGCGAGUGUUCUUCAUGCCGGGCAACAUCGAUGACCAACGCACCGGGGGUACGCGAUUGAUACCGAAUACCCCACAGGAACAUUUUGCUGGUCAAUCAUCCAUCUACAGUACCGGCGUGAUGAAUGCCAGCUGUGCUCAAACGAUUUCCGCACAUGGUAGCUCCGUAACAUGUGUACGCUUCAAUCCGACCGGUACACUGCUCUUCUCCGGUAGUCUAGACAAAACGAUCAAAAUCUGGAACCAGCAAGGAACGUGCCUUAAGACGCUGACGCACCAUUCGCGCUACGUCAACUGCCUCGCGGUGAACGGAAACUCGUCCGUGGUGGCAUCCGGUUCGAAUGAUCGUACGGUAGCCAUCUGGGAUCUGACCGGCAACCUAUCGCUCGACUCCCACAUCAGUGAUGCCCGUUCGCUCCUGUUUUCCAUAGCAGUGAAGGCCGUCGAUUUGCCGCUCGAGUUUACCUGCCCGAUAACCCACGAGCUGAUGAAGGAUCCCGUCUAUGCUGAGGAUGGGUUUACCUACGAGCGUACGGCUAUCCAGGAAUGGUUUGCACGUGACCAUCCCACGGUGUCACCGAUGACUAAUCUGGAGCUUUCAACAGCCGAGCUGGUGGAGAAUGGGAAGCUGAAGCAAAGAAUCGAAGAGUAUCUACGAACGCUGGACCCGCAGCAUCAUCCCGUAUAGCGAUAGCAGCGUUCGCAGUAUGAUAGGACGGAUGCCGACCACAGCAUUGAAACACCAAGUUUAGCAAAAGUUUUUAGUUUUUAUUCCUUUCGAUGGCGUUUCAAUACACAUUGCGAAAUGGUUCUUUCUUGCGAACCGACUAUCCGUAAACUGCUAGUAAUAAGCAAAAAUGUGCCUAUCGCGACUAGUCUAAGGGGACGUGGUGGUGGUGCUGGGACCGUGUCGACGCGUCCAACGCAUCCGCUAUUGCGCGGUGAUAAGAUGUGAUAGCGCGCGACAACGCGCCACGUAUCCUCUUCUAACGUAUCGAACAGUCGGCCUCCAACACUACGCACACCGAGAAGAGUUUGUGAGUUUGAACUGCACCAUCUCUCUUAUCGUUGCUACGGCUCUGGCGGCCCGCAGCAAACGAUCCAACCUACCAGAGUGUCCCAAUCGAUGUGUUGUAUCUGCUUGUUGGUAGGACGUGGAGAAAAAGAGAGGGAAUAAACGUAGAGACGAUAGGAAGACAAUCAUCGUGUAUGAGAUACUCGGUUGUUGCGCAAAGCAGCUAAAUGAUGUUUUAAGUGCCUCAAAGUGUGUCUGUAAUCAAAUCGUGUCAACCGCAUAUUAACACUUACCUCUGCGAGGUGUGCACCCGUGGUUAUCACACGUAGUCUCGCACCAACCAAGUUCAAUAAAACCGAAGAGACCGAAACGAUUCUCCCCUUUUCUACUCUGCAUCGUUUUCCACGUGUUUGAGAA